AAGCUUCCUCCACUCGUCUAUAAAUAGCCUCCCUAUUGUCCCUGAUCUCAACACUUGACUCUCUAACUCUGUAGGCAUUCAUCGUUGCAUGGUUUACUCGAACCACAAAACAAUCCAUUUACAUUUCCACUUGAGAACACACACCCAUACCUGGCCAGAAAAUAAAACAUGAUCCAUCCAUCUUCUUCAAACCCAGCCCCUCAGGUGGGUACAUCUUCUGCAAACCCGACCCCUCGGGUGGUUGCAGCCUCUUCAAACCCUCUGGUGGUUACAUCUUCUUCGAGAGCAACCCCUGAUCAGGUGGGCACAUCUUCUGCAAACCCGACCCCUCGGGUGGUUGCAGCCUCUUCAAACCCUCUGGUGGUUACAUCUUCUUCGAGAGCAACCCCUGAUCAGGUGGGCACAUCUUCUGCAAACCCGACCCCUCGGGUGGUUGCAGCCUCUUCAAACCCUGAGGUGGUUACAUCUUCUUCGAGAGCAACCCCUGAGGUGGAAGACGAGAAGACGGUUUAUCUACCUGUUUUCGAAGUGGGGAACUAUGAAGCAUGGAGCAAGAAGAUGGUAGAUGUAUUAACUUCACAGCAAUUGCGGGAUAUAGUGCUAUCGGGGUAUGAGCGACCUAAAGAUAACUGUGAACUCGCAAAAUGGAAAAAUAGUGAGAAAGAUGGAUAUCGUGAAGCUCAGAACAAGAACGCAAAGGCCUGGAUGUUAAUUCAUCAAGCAGUUGGCGUGGAGAUAAUGGCCAAAGUGUUUGCUUCUGACGACUCCACUGAGAAAAUUACUCGCAUAUCAAAAAAAUUCGAUAAGAAGCGUUACGCGGACAAGCCGAACAUGGAACUGAUUGGAGAACUGAUUGGAGAAGUACUCAGAGAGCCACAUAUGGUGGAAGUAGAAGCAACGGCACACGAUUUUUGGGAGAUGUUGAAGACUUACUCAGACAAGCACAAGGAAAAUCAGAAGACAACGCCUGAAGAAUCUAAAACCAUAAAGGUAGAGACGAGCUUCAUGGAUCUUUAUCUAGAGGAGACCACCAGAUCGAGCUUGUUUGUAUAUGCCAUGAGCGAUGGAUGGGACAAAGUGAUUGAGAUCUAUACAAGAAAAUCAGUAGCUCACUGUGCAAAAAUCACCAAUUCAGGCGACACAGCGUUACACAUAGCAGUUAUUGGUGGCAAAGAAACAACAGUGGAGCAACUAGUAAGCCUAAUGUCCUUGGAAGAAGCCGCCAAGGCUCUACGAGUAAAAAAUGAACGGGGAUAUACACCUCUCCAUCUGGCUGCUUUUGUGGGGAACGCCUCGUUGUGUGAUUGCCUUGCUAGUAAAAUUUAUUCGGACGAGGAGUUUCGGAAUUCAUCAGAAAAGAUAGGAGCCGGGUAUGAAGAAUAUUGCAUAUUAGGCGAACGUGACAUGGAAAAUGAGACCCCAUCGUUCUUGGCUGCUGCCAUGGGUAAAACAGAUGCCUUUCUGUGUUUACACGGUUAUGUUCGUGACAGAUACCGCGAUUCAUAUUACAGAGGGAAUAAGGGCGAUACCAUUCUCCAUGUCGCCAUCUCUGGAGAAUAUUUCGAUCUAGCAUUCCAAAUAAUUCAUCUGGAUCCAAAGCUUGUUAACUUGGUAAAUGAAAGAGGAAUAUCUCCACUCCAUUGUUUAGCGAGUAGGCAUACAGCCUUCAAAAGUGGCUUCCACCUUCGUCCUUACUACAACAUCAUAUACCACUGUACAAUUGUUGAUCGACUACAGAAGAAAGAAUAUAUGGGCAGAGAAUAUUAUAGAAAGCAAUCUGGCUCUACAGAUCGAUCAUCCCAAAAUAGAAACAAUAAUCAAUGUCCAGACAACUAUGAGACAUGUUUGCACUUCUUUACAUUGAUGUACAAGGCUUUAAUUUGCAUUGCAGGUAUACAACGACAAAGAGAACUCCUGCCAUCUACAUCUCCGGCACCCUAUGAUACUAACAAUUCCCCGUCUCCAAUCAAGAAAUUAAGUUCGUGGCUGAAGAAAGUUUGGGGACCAGUGACUUAA